GUGGCGUUGGUCUACAUGUUCCUGGGCAUGUCCAUCAUCGCCGAUCGUUUCAUGUCGUCCAUCGAGGUCAUCACCUCCCAAGAGAAGGAGAUCACCAUCAAGAGGGCCAACGGCGAGACCACCACGGCCACCGUCCGCAUCUGGAAUGAGACCGUGUCCAACCUGACACUCAUGGCGUUGGGUUCAUCCGCCCCGGAGAUCCUGCUCUCCGUCAUCGAGGUGUGCGGGCACGAGUUCCAGGCGGGGGCCCUGGGUCCGAGCACCAUCGUCGGCAGCGCCGCCUUCAACAUGUUCGUCAUCAUCGGCCUCUGCGUCUACGUGGUCCCCGACGGCGAGACGAGGAAGGUGAAGCACCUGAGGGUUUUCUUCGUCACCGCCGCCUGGAGCAUCUUCGCCUACAUCUGGCUCUACCUGAUCCUUUGCGUCUUCACUCCGGGCGAGGUGGAUGUCUGGGAGGCCGUUCUCACGUUCCUUUACUUCCCGCUCUGCGUGGUCCAGGCCUGGAUCGCCGACAGGCGCCUGCUCUUUUACAAGUACGUCCGCAAGCGCUACCGUGCCGACAAGAGCCGCGGGAUCGUCAUAGAGACGGAAGGCGGGGACGAGAUGGUCAAGGAGACGGGGUUCACCAAGACGGACAUGCUGGAGCUGGACGGACUGCCGCCCCACCUGGACGGCGUGUUGACGGCAGAGGAGGGAUUGGGGAACAGGGAUCAAGAGGAAGAAGCCAGGAGAGAUAUGGCAAAAACUCUCAAAGAGCUGAAACAGAGACAUCCAGAAAAAGACAUGGAGCAACUCAUAGAGAUGGCCAACUAUCAGGUUCUGGUCCAGCAGCAGAAGAGCCGGGCGUUCUACCGUAUCCAGGCGACGAGGAUGAUGAUUGGGGCGGGAAACAUUCUGAAGAAGCACGCGGCGGAUCAGGCCAGGAAGGUGGUGAGCAGCAGCGAGACGCGAGAGCAGGAGGACGACCCGUACACCUCGCGGCUGGACUUCCAGCCCUCGCUCUACCAGUGCUUCGAGAACUGUGGUUCGCUCAAACUCACCGUGGCCAGACACGGAGGAGACAUGGGCUGCACUGUGAAGGUGGACUACCGAACCGAAGACGGCACCGCCAACGCCGGCUCGGACUACGAGUUCGCCGAGGGAACUCUGGUCUUCAAGCCGGGCGAGACCCUGAAGGAGCUGACGGUCGGCAUCAUCGACGACGACAUUUUCGAGGAGGACGAGUAUUUCUACGUCCACCUCAGCGACCCCCGCAUCGUGGGUCGGUCCGACGGACAGCCCUUCUCCAUGGAGAUCGGCGGCGCUCCCGCUCUCAAGGCGGCGCUGGGCGAGGCGCACACGGCGACGGUAACCAUUUACGAUGACGACCACGCCGGCAUCUUCACCUUCGAAAGCGACACCACGCGGGUGAGUGAGAGCAUAGGAACCAUGCAAGUGAAGGUCCAGAGGACGUCCGGCGCUCGCGGGCUGGUGGCGGUGCCCUACAGGACCCUGGAUGGCACUGCCAAAGGAGGAGAGGACUACGAGGAAGCUUCUGGAAAACUGGAGUUUCAGAACGACGAGACCAUGAAGAUAAUCGAGGUGAAGAUUAUCGACGAUGAGGAGUAUGAGAAAAACAAAACCUUCACUAUUGAAUUGGGGGAGCCAGUGCUGUUGGAGAUUGGACAGAAACAUGGUGCGUAUAUUUCUCGCGCGUGCGUGUGUGUGCGUGCGUGCGUGCAUGUGUGCCUGCGUGUCUCGGGCCGGGAAAAUCCAUUAUGUGAAAAUAUUUUGGCUGUAGGAGACUCCAACGAGAAUAAACCCGCAGUAGGGGUUGAGGAAGAGGAGGUGGCGAAAAUGGGAUGCCCGAGUCUAGGAGAACACACCAGACUGGAGGUCAUUAUUGAGGAGUCCUACGAGUUUAAGAGCACAGUGGAUAAGCUCAUUAAGAAAACUAACCUGGCCCUGGUGGUGGGGAGCAGUAGCUGGAGAGAGCAGUUUGUCAGUGCAGUCACUGUGAGUGCAGGUGACGACGAUGAAGAGGAGAGCGGCGAAGAGCGUUUGCCCUCUUGUUUUGACUACAUCAUGCACUUCCUCACCGUGUUCUGGAAAGUUCUCUUUGCCUUUGUACCGCCCACGGAGUACUGGAACGGCUGGGCGUGUUUCAUCGUGUCCAUUUCUCUGAUUGGUGUACUGACAGCUAUCACAGGCGACCUGGCCUCCCAUUUUGGCUGUACUGUUGGCCUGAAGGACUCCGUCACUGCAGUGGUCUUCGUCGCCCUGGGAACCUCUGUGCCAGACACGUUUGCCAGUAAAGUGGCGGCCAUCCAGGACCAGUACGCCGACGCCUCCAUCGGUAACGUGACGGGCAGCAACGCCGUCAACGUCUUCCUGGGCAUCGGCGUGGCGUGGACCAUCGCGGCGGUGUACUGGAGGACCAAGGGCAAGCCUUUCACCGUCCCGCCCGGUUCUCUCGCCUUCUCCGUCACGCUCUUCACCGCCCUGGCCUUGGUGUGCGUGAGCGUCCUGCUGUACCGCCGUCGCCCCUCGGUGGCCGGGGGAGAGCUCGGGGGACCCUGGACUACCAAAUUCUUCACCUCCCUCCUCUUUAUUUGCCUUUGGCUCCUUUACAUUCUCCUGGCCUCGCUGGAGGCCUACUGCCACAUCCCCGGCUUCUGA